AGCUUAGGAAUAUUUUGGAGUAAAUUUUUACAGUUAUGCAUAAGUUCAUUUAUGAAACAGACCCAGAACUUUAUAUUCAAAGUAACAGUAUUUUUAGUAAGUUCACAUACGCUAUUCGCCGUCUUCUAUAUAUAUAUUGUGAAAGCUUUAACCGAUACAGGGUUACCAUAUAUCGUGCUUAUUUCAACGAUUAGUGCUUAUUUUCUAGCCCGCGUCUUAUAAGGUAACAUAUGGGCUUAUUUUUAGGAAAAGUGCUUUUUUUGAGUUACGAGGAACGAUAGUUUUUUUAUUAUAUGCAACGCAUAUUCACACUUCGCUGUGUUAUUAUUUUAACUACGUUCUGCCGUAACCUUUUACUGUUAUAAUUAAAAGUUAGUUUUGAUUCUGUUAACGGUGGUAGGGUAGGGCAAACUGUGACACAGUUACAAUAGUUGCUUCUAUCCAUGAUUAAGACAAAGCGUAAGCACGAGUUCCGUUACGAAUAUGGAAAGGAAUUUUCUAACGUCAAAGUCGAAAGGGUAAGGGCUAUGCUCGCUGCUGCUAUGUCUAUAGCAAUUUCCAAUGACCAAAGACUGCUGAAGCAAAUUGUUGGUAGCGAUGAAUAUAUAUAAUACAUUUUAUCUAAGUUUUGGCGCAGUAGUGUUAAGAAAUUAUGUGUUUAUGUUAUUCAAUAAUUGAUAGUUAUACUCACAUUUUGGGUUAGGUAGUCUGCGCCUCUCAUACAAUAAACUCAGAUGCCCUUUGCUUUGUUGUUCCCGUUAAAGAUGUCGAAUGCUGGAAGUAUAUUGUUUGUACCUUUCUUUGUGGCUUCUUACAUUUUAGAGAGGUUGCGUGUGGCUGUGACUUCGGGGCUGCACGCAAUCUUGUGCAAAGGGACUUCUAAUAAACAAAACUUGUGUGGAUAAAAAUUGGAGUGCGGCAGAGACUAGUGUGUGGUUCUUUUUUCUGCGUUUUUGUUGCUGACAGGUACCCCAAAAAUCUAACCCGUUGACACCCGUACUUAAUUUUGGCUUUAGGUAGAUGGUAACUUUGUAUAGGAUGGAUGGAACGGAAUUUCUUUGUAGCCAUUGUGGCGUAACAAGCUAGAAUUAUGAAUUAUUACGUCAAAUGUCAUGCUGCGGUUAACCGGUUAAUUUUACCCGGUCAACGUGUUUUCUCUGAAAUUUCCAGCCCUACCACUCGUACAUAGUAAAGCCUAAAUUCUCCCUGCCUGCAUUUCAUUCACAAUUUAUUACAUAUUGGUAUGGGAUGCUGCGAAUCGGUCUUGAAUCCGAGAAUUUUUAAUUGCAACAGUCAUUGUAAAUAAAAAAAAUUGUAUUUAAAAUAGAGCUUAAUAGAUUUUUUGCCCUCAAACUAGUUGUCGUUUUAGUACUGUACAUAUAUUUAUUUGAUAUGUCAGAAGACUGGAGAGAGUCAGGAACUGCUGAACGAUAUCUAUGGACUCCAAAAUAUCCUUCUUCCAUAGCAGAAUUUGUUAUAAGUCGUCUCCGGAAGAUGAAUUUAUAUAAAGACUCCAAAAAAUUUGACCUAAUCUUGGACGUUGGAUGUGGCUACGGCGAAUCUCUCAAAUACUAUGUCCCUUUCUUUCACAAAGCGAUAGGAUUCGAUAUCAGUGAAGAACAAAUAGAAAAAGCUAGAGAAUUGAACGAAUUUAACAACGUGACUUUCUUACUUGGAAAAGGAAAUAUGUUCCCUGUUGAUGAUAACUCUGUAGAUUUGAUUGUUUGUGUAGGGACUGCGCAUUAUCUGGAUGCAGCCCACUUUGUGACUGAAUGUAAAAGAGUAAUCAAAAAAGGUGGAUUAGUUGCCAUCUAUUCGCACGAGUUUGCAGACUUACACAUCGAGAAUGUCGUCGAUCGCGCCAGUCUUCCAGGAUACAAAAUAUUGAACGAAAACUUUCUUAGCCCAAUGCACAAUGAUUUCUUUAGUAUGGACCACCCAGUUUGUGAAUGGAUAAACCGAUACAGAGGUAUUUAUAACAUGCCAUCGAGCAUGGACAAGCAGAGAUCAGACAAUUUAGCCCUCGAUUAUCAUUUAAAUUUGAGAGAAUUGAAGAAUAUGUUUCUUUCAAGUCCCGUGUAUAGAAAUCAUCACAUUUCUUUUGAUGAAGAAUCGGCGCCAUUGACUUUGAUGGGUGAGAAUUUAAAGGACCUCGCUAAAGUUAGUGGUUGCAAAGAUGAAGAUUUGAACCUGCGUUUGACAUUAUCUCUGUUCUUCGUUUUCCUCUAUUGAUAUCCAUUUUUGCACUUCGAUCGACCUUGGAAAACGCUCGUAUCGGUGUAGGGAAUAUUAGUCAUUUGAACAGCAAAGAAAAAAUGAUGAUUCAGAUGGAUCCCAACUGAUCCAAAACCUUUUUCUAAUUCGAACAAAUCACUUACCUAACACUUUCGUACUAAUCAGACCAAAACCUAAAUUGUCCCUUCAGCAAAGUUAUCACCAAUGUAACACAUCACUGUUAAUUGGUUUACAGUAGCGUCGAAGUUUUAUAUAAGUCGUACGCUAUUGUGACUAGGGCAGUGAAGGGAAGAGCAUAUAAAGCAUAUUAUCCUACACUGAUGAGGGCAGUGAAGAAGGGAUCAGUACCGAGACGAUACAAUCAGUUAUCCUACAGGUAAAAACCGGAGCUUCGGAGCCAUUGGGAUAUCAAACCAGCUCUCCAGCCCCACCAAUCAGUGAAUCGUGAACUGGAAAGUACAAAGCAAGCACAAAAACAAUAAACGGAAAGAAUUUUGCUUUUAUCUGAGAAGGGAACCAAUUAGGUAUAAUGGCCGUUCGACUUCCUUGCAUCUCAGAUGAGGUAGUGAACUGUAGGCCGAUCAGUGGAUUAACCUGAGCCUAUACAAGUCCUCUGACCGGCUCUAACCAUAGCCUAGGAGGAUACCUUCAAGGAAAAAUCAUUCAAAAUAUAUAAAAUGUAUUUAAAAAUAAAAACAGUGCUAUAUCUGAAUUACAAUUUACAUAA